UCCCCAUCUCUCUCCUUCCUCGGUCUCGCCGGGCAGGCGGCAGGCGGCCGGCCGGCUGCGGGCCCCCCGACCCCACACCCCGGCAGCAUGAGCUCCUUCGGCUACGAGCCCUACUACGCCUCGGCGUACAAGCGGCGCUAUGCCGGCACCGCGGCCGAGAGCCCACGGGUGCACAUCUCGUCGGUGCGCAGCGGCUACAGCAGCGCCGCGCGCUCGGCCUACUCCAGCUACUCGGCCCCCGCCUCGUCCGCAGCGCUCUCCGUUCGCCGCAGUUACUCGUCCAGCUCGGCGUCGCUGCUGCCCAGCCUGGAGAGCCUGGACCUGAGCCAGGUGGCCGCCAUCAGCAACGACCUCAAGUCCAUCCGCACGCAGGAGAAGGUGCAGCUGCAGGACCUCAACGACCGCUUCGCCAGCUUCAUCGAGCGCGUCCACGAACUGGAGCAGCAGAACAAAGUCCUUGAGGCCGAGCUGCUGGUGCUGCGGCAGAAGCACGCCGAGCCGUCGCGCUUCCGCGCCCUCUACGAGCAGGAGAUCCGGGACCUGCGGCUGGCCGUCGAGGACGCGAGCGCCGAGAAGCAGGCGCUGCAGGGCGAGCGAGACGGCCUCGAGGAGACCCUGCGAGCGCUGCAGGCACGCUACGAAGAGGAGGUGCUGAGCCGCGAGGACGCCGAGGGGCGCCUGAUGGAGGCGCGCAAGGGGGCCGACGAGGCGGCCCUGGCCCGCGCCGAGCUGGAGAAGCGCAUCGACAGUCUGCUCGACGAGAUCGCCUUCCUCAAGAAAGUGCACGAGGAAGAGAUCGCCGAGCUGCAGGCGCAGAUCCAGUACGCGCAGAUCUCCGUGGAGAUGGACGUGUCCGCCAAGCCCGACCUGUCCGCCGCGCUCAAGGACAUCCGCUCGCAGUACGAGAAGCUGGCCGCCAAGAACAUGCAGAACGCCGAGGAGUGGUUCAAGAGCCGCUUCACCGUGCUCACCGAGAGCGCCGCCAAGAACACGGACGCCGUGCGCGCCGCCAAGGAUGAGGUGUCCGAGAGCCGCCGCCUGCUCAAGGCCAAGACGCUGGAGAUCGAGGCGUGCCGCGGCAUGAACGAGGCGCUCGAGAAGCAGCUGCAGGAGCUGGAGGACAAGCAGAACGCAGACAUCAGCGCCCUGCAGGACACAAUUAACAAAUUGGAAAAUGAAUUGAGAACCACCAAGAGUGAGAUGGCUCGAUACUUGAAGGAAUACCAGGAUCUGCUCAACGUGAAGAUGGCUUUGGAUAUUGAAAUUGCAGCCUACAGGAAAUUAUUGGAAGGUGAAGAGACUCGCCUGAGCUUUACCAGCGUUGGAAGUCUAACUAGUGGCUACUCCCAGAGCUCCCAGGUCUUUGGGCGCUCCGCUUAUAGCGGUCUCCAGACCAGCUCAUAUUUGAUGUCUGCCCGUGCCUUCCCCUCAUACUACACCAGUCACGUCCAAGAGGAACAGAUUGAGGUGGAGGAGACCAUUGAGGCAACCAAAGCCGAAGAAGCCAAAGACGAGCCCCCCUCUGAAGGAGAAGGAGAGGCUGAGGAAGAAGAGAAGGAGGAGGGAGAAGAAGAAGAAGGAGGUGAAGAGGAAGAAGGUGCCAAGGAUGAAUCUGAAGACAAAGAAGGUGAGGAAGAAGAAGGUGGUGAAGCUGGAGAGGAAGGUGAGGAAGCUGAAGAGGAGGAAGAGAAGAAGGAAGAUGAUGCUGCUGGAGAAGAAGCCGUAGAGCAGAAGAAGAAAGAUUGAGUUCUCUUUUCCUUGACUAUUUCAGGUUUCCCCCCCAAUCAGGUCAACAAUCCCACCACUACGCAAUCUGUUGAGCACUGAAUGCUGUAAAGAAUAAGAAACCAUAUAUUUACAAAAAAAAAUUAAUUAAUCUGAGAUGACUUAGAUUGAAAGUGAUUGUUAUGCUAAAUGUCUUCCCCUAUGCAAGAGUAUUUGGUGUGCUUCUUGAUAGCUUCCCUGGCUUGCUGCCAGACUGCGCAUGGUACAUGCUUAUGAAUUCUGGGUUGAUGACAGUGUGGAUAAUUCAGACAUUUACAAUUAAAAAAAAAACCAUGAAUAAACAAACUCAUUGAUAUAAAUGUUAAACUUGAUAAAAAUAUAAUUAAUCUUUGGAAACCUUUGGUGGUUAGAAAAUAAUGACCCCAAGUUAUGUGCAAUAAUUAGCAAAUAAAGGCAUCCUGGAACGGCAUCAUAAUCCCUUGUUGUGGCUAUUGUGUGUUAAUUUAAAGAGUUUCAAAUAUGCAUUGAAGCAAAGUGCAGCUGACAAGUGAGGAGCCAGGUUACUGAUCUCAGAAUCUCAUGAUACCGAAAAUAAAAUCAAAUUGUCCCUUUUCUUAAAUAAUACAUUUACCCCCAUUGGUGCUUUCUAAGGAACUCGAAGCUUAAGUUAUCAUUCAGGAAUCUUGCCUAUCCUCCCCCACCCUUUACCUCUCCUUGCCCUACCUCUCUCCCCAUCCCAUAACAUUUCCCCCAUCCUUCUAAAUAUCAUCAGUAAUUAACAGAAAGAAUAAGGCUGAGUGGAUGAGAAAAACAUCCUAAAGUUUGCUCUAGCAAUACCAGUGCAUUGGUCCCAGUACAAAGUCAUAAAAUUGUUGUUCAGAGUAUGGGUUUCGUGGUGAGAUCUGUGGGAAGAAGGACUAAAUGUACCCCACUGAGUAAAUGGGCACAUGAACUAGAGCACCAGUGAGGUCACCAGCGUGAAAUGGGUAGAAAGUACAUCUUAAUACGCUCAACAGCAAAUAGCUUUUUUUUUUCCUUUAAUUGAUCUAAAUGCAACUACAGUGGAGCAGAUGAUAAAAACAGAUCAUUAUCGUUUGUGUAAUCAAGAUGUCUAAAGAUACGGAGAUCAAGAGACAAAUCUCACCCCGAGCCCCUUUACAUCUGGCCUACAAAAUUGCACUAGUGGUGAUUCUGGGUCUACAGCUUAGUUCCUGGACUCUUUGUUGCUGCCCUGAAAUUCUUAGCUUUAAAGCCCCUCAAUUAAAAUUUGAUGCCAAUUGUAAAAGCAACUAUUAUACCUAACAGAGGCAACUAUAUCCAACAUGGGUCUCUUGGAUAUUACUUUGGGGAUCUUAAUUUAGAAAUCUAGAGGUUCAGAGGGAUUCCAACCGGUUAAGAACUUGGUUUAAAUAGAACAUUCAUAGCUGUCCAUGCCUAACAUAUCCUAUGAAAUGCUGAUGCUUGUAUGGUAGCUAACCUGCUGUGGGUUAGUGCAGAAAUUAUCGAUUAUAUGUUUUUCUGCUUCUGUCUUCAAAAGCUGAUUUGUCUGCCGAUUCCCUCCUCCCCAUAUUAUUGUACAAUUAAUGUCGCUUUUGAGGAGGGGGAGUGGGGGAAAAGUCGAUGCUUAUACCUGCAUUUUAUCUGCCUUCAUUUAUAUGCUGCUCUGUGCUUUCACCUUUGAAACUCACUUCUGUCAAAUGUUUUCCAUUAAAAUGGCUAGCAAGCAAAUGCAUUUUCUGUCGUGCUGUGGCUUUGAACCUGAAAGAUCCAUUGUUGACAGACUGCUGCAAAGAUAUCUCUAUGGGUAGAAACUAACCUUUUUGUAUUUUUGGUCUUGGAAAGUAGAUUUGGAGGACUGAGUGCUGUUAAUAGCUAAGUGAUGUUUCAAAAGAAAGGUUAGCCCAAUAGAAAGAGUGGGAUUUGGGAAUUGUUUGAACCAAGUCUGAAACCACACAUUGUAUCACUCCUAUCCACAUCCUGUGUGCCACAAUAAAAAUACAUUAAAGAAAAAAAA